AGACGCCCGGGCCGAGCCUGGCACCGCCUCCGAUCCCGGCCGGGCCCUGGGCCGGGGAACGGGCGGCGAGCGGAACCGCCGUCCUGGGAGGUUGAAGGGGCCGAGCGCACUGGGAGUUAAAACAGCCUUGACGAUCGCUGGGACGUUCCAAAGCUUGCUUUGAAGUUUCAUCAUCCUUGUCAAGAUCUGGAAGUGCAGCUCAGGAUAUGGUAGUGUCUACAAAUCAAUAGUGGGAUGAAGAGAUGCUUUUGACAGGAGGCUUGAAAUCUCUCCUUCCCCAUGUGUUGAGAAGAAUAAUUCGAUUAAACAGACUCAAUAUUAGUAAUACUUCAGGAAUGGCAGAAGGCUAUAAACAGGCCAAUGUUGUGAUUUUGCACAAGUCCCUGGCUGAUGAUUUUGAGAAGUUCUGCCGUGCAAAUGAUGGACCCCUGCCACUGCUGUACAGAAGUCAACCAGGUGAUUGGAAGUGUCCUUCUCUGAGUAGUGAUUCUGAUAUCAGAACUGACUGCCUACAGUACAGAGUAUAUGAGCAUGGAGUUUGUACUGGAUCACUGAAAAGUUUGAAGGAAUAUUCUGAACAGCUUAAGGACAUGGUGACAUUUUAUUUAGGCUGCAGCUUCUCUUCUGAAAAAGCAGUCCAAAGUGCGGGCAUUCCUGUAAGAAACGUUGAGCAAAAAUGCAAUGUAAGCAUGUACAAAACAGCUGUUCCUUGCUACAGCGUUUCUCCCUUUUGCUGCAACUUAGUAGUCACAAUGAGACCUAUUCCUGAAAGCAAGUUGGAAGCAGCUGUGCUGGCAACGUCUGAAUUAAAAGAAGCCCACGGAGCACCAAUUCACAUGGGUGACCCUGGUCUGCUGGGAAUACAAGAUCUUUCUAAACCAGACUAUGGAGAUCCAGUUCACCUUCACCCUGGUGAUAUUCCAGUGUUUUGGGCCUGUGGUGUAACAGGAGCUGAAGCAGUUAUCAGCUGCAGAGCUCCAUUAGCUUUUACUCAUUCUCCAGGCUGCAUGUUCAUCAGCGACCUAAAGAACAACAAUGUCAGAUCAUUAAGAGGAGUCCCACAGGUGCACUGCAUUUCUCAAGAUCCGCUGCAUUUCAGUAUUGUGUCAGCAGAAGCAGCCCAAAAGAUAAAGACUCUAGAGACCCUGAUUGGAAUAGAUCCAGGAGACCGGGGUAUAAUUCACCUGCAGCGCCAGGAUGAGCUUCUGAAAGCCUGCCUGGCCAUCUCCCAUGCCCAGUCUGUGCUGAUAACAACUGGAUUUCCUACCCACUUCACUUAUGAGCCACCAGAAGAGAAUGACGGGCCCCCGGGAGCCCUUGCUAUUGCAGCUAUACUGCAGGCCUUGGAAAAAGAGGUUGCCAUAGUUACAGAUCAGAGAGCCAUGGAUCUGAAUAAAAAGAUUAUUGAAGAAGCUGUUCAACUAGGAAUUCUGAAGAAACCCAUCCCUCUAUUGAGUUAUCAAAGGGAAAAUGCUGAUUCAGCUUUAAAAUUUUUGUGUGACAGUGGAAAUUCUGGAAGACCGAGAUAUGAUCACCUGAUAGCAAUAGAGCGUGCUGGGAUGGCUGCUGAUGGCAAUUAUUAUAAUGCCAGGAAAGUUAACAUUAAACAUCUCGUGGAUCCCAUAGAUGAAUUAUUUUUAGCUGCACAAACCAUUCCAGGAGUGACAACAACAGGUGUUGGAGAUGGAGGAAAUGAAUUAGGAAUGGGCAAAGUAAAAGAUGCUGUAAAGAAGCACAUAAAAAAUGGAGAUGUUAUAGCUUGUGAUGUUGAAGCUGAUUUUACUGUUGUAGCUGGGGUCUCUAACUGGGGCGGCUACGCCAUUGCUUGUGCUCUGUACGUUCUCCGCACCUGUGAAAUACAUGAUCGCUACCUGAGGAAAGCUGUUGGGUUUCCGCAGUCAUCCAGGAAGAUGGUCUGGCUAUCGGCACUUCCCUCGGUUUCCAAGGAAGAAAAGCUUCUGAAAACACUUGUGCGGCUCGGGGUCCGCAGUGGGAAAACUGCCAGUCUGGAAAUGGAAGUGGAUGGGCUGCCCUUCUACAACACCCAUUCGCUUAUGAUUGAGAAGCUGCUACAAGAAGUGCAGAAGUGACUGUCCCUGAUGAUUUCUGCACCAAGAAUUGCUCCCAUGUCAUUUCUGUGUUUCUGAGGCUCUCACAUCAUGUGAAAAAUUUAAAAAAAGAUGACUUUUUGUCUCUGGUGUCUUUGCCACCCACAGCCUUUCAUCGUUACCCUUACCACAUCUCUGUGAAGCAAGAGGAGGAUAUCAUCACAAGGAUUUGGUCAACCUUUCUUUUCUGUAAUUUUAUAAUGGAGAAUGGAUAUUAAAUGAUAUUAUAUAAUAAGAGGUGAUCUGGCUUUUACAAAGAAAGCUUGCAAUUACAGUGAAAUAUUAUUGUGUUGCUGUUCUUGUUUUACUAACCUCAUAACUGCAACAGGAAGUAACUCUUGUAGCAACUUGGAUUUAAAAAUACCUUGUGGUGGGGUAAACAGCUGCAGUAGAGAGGGGAGAUUAAAAACAAAACUCCAGUAAGAGAUACAGUGGUAAAAGCUCCCUUGCACACUUCCUGUAGUUCCUAUAACAUCUUAUGGUGGGGGUUAGCUUGUGAAAGUGUGAGGAGAUAAGGAGAAGUUUUUAACUGAGCUAGUGAAAAUAAAGACAUCAUUGCAGACCUCCCUUGUAAAGGGUAGGCUAUGUCAUUGACCUCUGUUGUAUUAGUAGCUUGCCAUUUUUAUAUUUUGUCCCUUUCUGGGUGAUACAGAAAGGUUGUAGACAUUUCAGAGUAUCCUGUUGUUAAGAAAAAAUUAUUGAAUACAUAAAUAAUUAUUUAAAUUAAUGCUUAAAAAUAUAACGUGAUUAGAAAUCAGUAAACAUUUGCAUUCAACAUUAAAGAAUGAAUUCUAAAUUAACAUUGAAUUAUAUGAAUUCCUGUUACAGAAAUUCAGCUCCUGACAAGACCAAAUGAAGUAAAAUUAAAUUGUAUCUCAUAGGACUACUAACACCAAACCGGUACAGGGCAAACAUUUGUGAAUUGUGCACGACUUUUGUCAUUUAAAGCUGUGAUUUUACCUUAACUCCAGAUGAGUGUCAGAGCUGAAGUUCUAGUUGUCAGCUGUCGCAGCAGAGAGGACAGGGUAUAUCUGACACUGCACCUCUUGGGCACUGAUGCUUUAGCUGUCCUAAAAUGACUGAAGUGGUUCAAAGGUGAGCAUCAAACCAUUGUGCUCCAACAGGGUAAGAAUGGCAGUUGUGUUUUGGACUUCCAGCACCACCACCACCUUGUAUCUACUUUCUUUUCUUGCAGGUGACUUUUAUUUCCUUCUUCAAUGCAAGACAAACAACUUUUUGAGAAUGAGAAAAAUCAGUUCAUACCACAAACACCAGCGUAUUUUAAACAUUAAUCUUCUGAAAUCUCCAAGGAUACACAGCCUUUAAAAAGUUAAAAUAGUUGAACACGUGUCAGAAAUUUUAAUGCCAGACGGGUGAAUAUGGAUGUCUAGCAGCAAAAGAUCCCAGUGUUUAUUUUAUAGAUCAGUCAUUUUUUUGAGAUUCAUUUUCUUCAAAACCUUCUUGAAGAACGUUGCAGUAAAACUGUCUUUGAAGUUUCACAAUUAGAGAAAUCUUUAGAAGUCACCAAACUAUAAGUAUUAACUAAAAUACUCCUUGUGAAUGCUUGAGCUUUUUGCCAAAGCCAGUAUCCCUGCAGGAUGGCAUAUGUUCACUGUUGCAUAAAACCCACAAAAUGAAAUUGGCAUAAUUUUAAAAUGUCUGUUUGGAAAAGAAGAACCUAGUUGCAUUCUCUGUGUGCUACUGACAUAUUACACUAACAGGUGCAAUGUAUAUUAUUCUUUCCAAAUGCUACCUUUUGUUAAAAAAAUUUAAUUUAGUAAGCUUUUGCUCUUGUUGCCCCAAAAUACAAGUCUUGACAGUCAGAUUUCAUUAAGAAACACAAAAUUUAGUAAUUUAUUUAUCUUUUUCUGUAAUAUGUGCUUUUAAAAUCCCUUCUCACAUGCAGUCCCAAUUGCAGGAGCAAUAUGUAGCAGUCAAUUGCAGGAGCAAUAUGUAGCAGGACCAUUGGGUGACUGUUCUGGCUGAGAUGGAAGGAAAAGCUCUGAGUGGGAGUUACCUUCCUGCCAUGCUGGUUACAGUUCUGCAGCCUAAGCUGAACACUUACAAGAGAGAAAGAAUUGCUAAAAUUUUGACUUUGGUAGGGGGGGUGGGGGGAAAGGAAAAAUAAGAAAAAUCCCUCCCUUCUGUUGUGGGUUAGCAGGUUAAGUGCUGAGAGCUGUAGCAGAAUGCUGGGCUCCACUAUAAAAGUUUCCAUCUGAUUUUAAACUGCAGCAGCUGACAAAAAGCUGGCCACAUCAAAGUACCAACUCAAAUAAGCCUUAAUCCCUCAGUUGACAAGUCCUUGUAAUACAGCAUGCUCUGCAUUCCAGUUGCCUAAUUUAAACAACAUGGGUAACUGUAGAGAAGUAAAGCAUAAACAGGACAACAAAUAUUUAAUCCUAGAACAAACCACGUGUGUGUCCUGCAGUCUGCCAGGCCGUGGGAGUCCAAGUAGUUGGCUUGGUGCUUAACAACGUACAAGCACGGCAUUAUGGCAGCUGGGAGUCCCUGCCUCACGACCCUCUGGAAACAGGAGGUUAGAUGAAAGAUUAGGAGAAAAUAAAACUAAACAGCAGUAAUAGUCAGAAGAAAAAAAUGCAGAUGUAAGGUAAUUAAUCCAGCUGAGUGGUCUAAGUAUAAAGAAAUGUCAAAUAAUUAAACAAACCAAACAUUAACCUAAACAAACCUAAUCCCCUCCUGGGAGUGGGGACAUGAAUCCUUUUUCACAAGAGGAGGGAGGAGAAGAUCUCUAGUCUCACAAAUACAAACUGAGGGCCAAAGCCAUUAAGAUAGCUGUUUCAAACAGAGAGCGAAGAAAUAUCAGAAGAAAAUAAUAAAAACAUUUUUUAUUAAACACAUCCCCUAAUUAUAUCAAAUAUUGCACUCUCAAGGUGGUUUCCAGAAAACUGUUAGAAUAUAUUCCUUUUGGAAUCUAGUGACAAGUGAGGCUGUGUUAAUUCAGAUACCAGGAGUAUAUCAUCUGUCUAGACAAUCUUCUGACUUAAAAAAUCCCCGAAGAAACAACACUGAUUAUACUGCUGGAAGUUAUCAGUUCCGGGCUGCAGAGAGAGAAGUGUUUUAAGAAAGGUCUGAAACCAGAGAAGUGAAAGGACAAGGCAAUAUUCAUGGUGUAACAGUUACAGAUAUAAGAACAUAUGAGGAGCAGAU